GUCCACCACGUACGCCCCCUGAAACUUCGGCAAUCAGCUUAUUCGGCGGCACUAGCAACCUGGUACCGGCGGUAACGCAACGAAUCUAAGUGACCGAAAGGAUGGAAGUGCGACUGUUUGUGUAUAAGAAUGAGGCUGGAUCACAGGGACGGGUGCUGCCCAUGAAGAAGUCGGACAGUCUGGCCAAGCUAAAGGCGGCGGCGAGCAAGAAGCUCGCUGUCCGUGCAAAGCGACUCUUCUUGGCGUCCGGUGCCGAAGUCCAAAGCGUCGACGAACUGCAGAACAACGAUCACGUGUACGUGUCAUGUGGGGAAGCGUUCUACCGGUCUCAUCCGUCGUCGUCGACGUCUGCAGCGGGCUCGUCCGGGCAAGAGACGUUCCAUGUGUCGGUGCUGGGCAGCGGCGGCGUGGGCAAGUCGGCGCUGACACUGCGCUUCGUCAAGGACUACUUUGUGCAGGAUUGGGACCCAACGAUCGAAGACGCGUACAGAAAGACGAUGGAGGUGUCGAAUCGCCUGUGCAUGUUGGAGAUCCUCGACACGGCAGGCCAAGACGACUUCGAGUCGCUGCGGCCGCAGUGGAUGAUGGGCAAGGAUGGGUACAUCUUCGUGUACGCGAUGGACUCGCGCACGAGUCUGCAUGAACUGCAUGCGUUCUUCGAGCUCCAUCUACAGAUUAACGAGACCAAGAAGACACUGCCGCCCAUCGUCGUCGUGGCCAACAAGAAAGACCUGGUGGAGCAAGAUCCGUCCAAGUGCCAAGUCACGAGCGACGAGGGUCGGCGGGUCGCGAGGUCGUACAACGCUGGGUAUAUUGAAACGAGUGCACUCACGGGCACCAAUGUGAACGCCGUCUUCGAGCAGUUCAUCGUGGAGGCGCGGCAGCGGCGCGGCCCGGUCAAGUCGUCGUCGUCGAGUUUCUUCAAGUCGUGUACCAUCUUGUAGGGUCAGGGCAGCAACAUAAUAAGUAAAAAAUAACACACAAGUUCGAUACCA